AUGAUUAAGAAAUGUUUGAAUUUCAAUUGCAUCAAGGUUCAAUUACUAAGGUUAGAAUGUCUUCUGAAAUAAAAAAGAUCUUAUAAAAGAAUUAGAUUUUAGGAUUCUAAUCAAAAAGGUGAUUAAAAAGAUUAAAAAGAAGAUAUUACAUAAAAAUAUUAAAAAUAAGAAAAAGAAUUAGAAUAAAAUUAUUAACGUCUUAUUGCUAAUAAUAAGGAAGAAUUAUCUAAUACUAUGGAAGAUAAAGAUAGAAGAAAUAAAAUUUUAGAUCUUUCUUUAGUUAAUCUUAAAAAACAGAAUUAAGUUAAUCACAUUAAAUUUAAGAAAAAACUGAAAAAGAUCUUUUAUUGUAUUAAAAAAAAUUAUGAAGUUAAAUCUAGAUGA